GGAGGAUGUUUGCGGGGAUAAGUGCGGAAAUCGAGGAUAAACCUCGCUUCUCAAGGAGACUUCGACUUAUUUCCUCCCUCUUAUGUAGCGUACAACAACCUUGGGCUGCAUAGCUUGGUAGCACCGCCGCUGUUCUCUCAAACUCUGGUAGUAUCGACCGCCUUCUCUGUGCUUAUUCGCCUAAUCUAAGCGCGUUCAACCUUCUUUCAACUACAUCUGAGGGGGGAAGUAAGAUUCCAAAAUUGCAACAGUCAGCAAAGAUGGGUGGACUUCGCGCGGUCGAGGAUCGGCCUACGCCGAAGGAGGUAUAUAACUGGCGUCUCUAUACAGAGUCUUUCAUCAUUGCGAUGGGAUCUUUGCUCUUCGGAUACGACUCGGCUUUCAUUGGAACAACCAUUGCGCGCAAGAGCUUCGUCAAUGACUUUGGCAUCAUACCGGCCACAUCCAAGGAGAUAUCAUCCAACAUUACCUCAGCCUUCCAAGCCGGCGCAUUGGGGGGAGCACUUAUGUGUUUCUUCAUCACAGAGUAUGUCGGCCGCAAGUGGGCGCUCAUCAUCAGUAACAUCGUCUUCCUUGCUGGCGCCAUCCCAAUGGUAGCCGCCACGAACGACCUCGCCUCCAUGUAUGCUGGCAGAGCACUCACCGGCUGGGGCUGUGGUGUGAUCACGGCCACGGUACCUUCCUACAUUGCUGAGCUAUCGGUCCCUUCCAUCCGAGGAAUUCUCACAGGUCUUUUUGAGGUCACGUACCAAACGGGAUCUUUAAUUGGUUUCUGGAUCAACUACGGCAUCAAUCAGAACAUGAACCCUACCAGCUCAGCAUCGUGGCGUGUGCCGAUGGCUGUUCAGCUCAUUCCCUCCGGAGCCUUAUUGGUCGGCGGAUUUCUGCUUCACGAGUCGCCUCUAUGGCUCUACCGCAAAGGCCGCGAAGAGGAAGCGAACAAAAACCUUGUGGCUUUACGACAUUUGCCGAUUGAUCACCAAUACCUGCAAGAGGAAGUGGAAAUGAUCCGUGCCAGACUGGCUGAGGAGGCCUCGGUUGCGGCAACUUACGGCGGCGGGUUCUAUGCCUAUAUCCGAGGAUCGCUGCACGAACUCUCAAGAAAGGGAAUGUGGAACCGUUUACUCCUGGUCUUUUGUUCUUUUGCUUUGCAGAACAUGUCUGGUGCCGCGGCUAUCAAUUACUACUCUCCUAUGCUUUUUGGCUCCAUUGGCAUCAGUGAUGUGGCCCUGUACACGGGUAUCUACGGUCUUGUCAAGGCCGUGGCGUCGAUAAUCUUUUAUGGCGCACUUAUCGACAUCUGGGGCAGACGUAGACCGACGAUCAUUUCAUCUUUAGCCUGCUCUCUCUGCUUAUGGUUCGUGGGCGCCUAUGUCAAGGUCGGCAAUCCGGCACCAAUCAUCGCAGCUGGAGGAGAGCUUUCUGCCUCAACGGAGGCUGGUGGCCGCGCUGCUACCGCUGCCAUCAUGAUCUACUCAGUAUUCUGGUCUUUCGGUCUAAACGGCAUCCCGUGGAUCGUCUCCGCCGAGAUCUUUCCCGGUGCUCUCCGCAAUUUGACUGGAACAUUUGCCGCUUUCACGCAGUGGCUGAUCCAGUUCGUCAUCACAAAAGCCCUUCCGUACAUCUUCAGUAGUCUCGAUUAUGGUGUUUGGUUCUUUUUCGCAUGUUGGAUGCUCACAGCUACUGUCUGGGCAUUCUUUUUCCUCCCUGAAACUAAAGGUGUCACAAUCGAUCAGAUGGAUGCUCUGUUUGGCUAUGAAGGUGAUCGUCUUGUCCAAACCCCGGCCCUGAAAUCCGACGAUGCGAAGAGCGUAGAGCAAGACGUAAGAGAAGUUGACGAGGCGGGUAGAGCAUGAUACUAAGUUCUUGGCCCUGAAGUUUGGUCGAGGAUGUCGACUGAGGUCGGGGCCAGUAGAGAAACACUUGCGGUAAUUACGAGAGGUACCAGCAGAAACCUUGGUUGUCGAAUUGGAUCUUUGAGUUAGUUUAAUGAGAUUGAGAACCCC